AUGCAGGUUUUGGAGAUCCACCAAAGCGCGAGUAAAGAUGACAUUCGCAAGGCCUACCGCAAGGCCGCGUUGACCAACCACCCCGACAAAGUUCCCGAGGAAGAGCGGGAAGAAGCUUCCAUCAGAUUCAAGUCUGUACAGGAAGCCUAUGAUAUCCUCUACGACGAUGACAAGCGCCACCUUUAUGACACACACGGAAUGGGCGCUUUCAAUGGCUCCGGUGAGCCGGGAAUGGCGGGAGCACCCGAUCUGGAUGAUUUGCUCGCGCAGAUGUUCGGUGGUGGUAUGGGUGGUAUGGGUGGCAUGCCUGGUAUGGGAGGCAUGGGAGGUAUGCCUGGUGGUGGCCGCCCUCCCAAGCCCCGUCGGAGCCCGGACGAAGAGCAAGACUACGAAGUUAGUCUAGAGGAUCUAUACAAGGGCAAGACGGUCAAGUUCUCCAGCGUCAAGAACAUCAUUUGCGGACUGUGCAAGGGCAAGGGCGGCAAGGAGAAGGCUACCGCCAAGAAGUGUUCGACUUGCGAUGGUCAGGGCCACAAGGAAGUCUUGCAGCGUAUGGGCCAGUUCUUGACCCAACAGUCUGUCGUCUGUACCACAUGUAACGGACAAGGUUCAUACUUCUCCCCGAAGGAUAAGUGCAAGAAGUGCAAGGGCAACCGGACAACAGAGGAGAAGAAACUUCUGGAGAUCUACAUCCCUCGUGGUGCUAGACAAGGAGACAAGAUUGUGCUGGAGGGUGAGGCAGACCAAGUUCCCGACCAAGAGCCAGGUGACAUUGUUUUCAAGAUUGUCGAGGAAGAACACCCUGUAUUUGCUCGCGCUGGCUCUGACCUCCAAACGACUAUCGAUGUCACCCUGGCCGAAUCUCUGACCGGAUUCUCGCGUGUUGUGCUCAAGCAUCUGGACGGCCGUGGAAUCGAGCUCAACCACCCCAUCACCCCCGGCGCCAUUCUCUCACCCGGUCAGGUUCUCAAGGUUCCCGGAGAAGGUAUGCCAAUGAAGCGUACUGAUGCACGUGGAGACCUCUACCUGGUUGUCGACGUCAAGUUCCCCGAUAGCAACUGGAACCCUACUCCGGCGAUGAUAGAGAAGCUGAAGGAAAUCCUUCCUAAGCCAGAGGCCCCAAUCGUGGCCAGCCCUGUAGACGAGGUUACAUACGACCCCAAGGGCUCGAUCGACGACUUCGGUGCACAGGAUGGCGACGGUGGUUCUGGUUGGGAGGAUGAAGAGGACGAUGAACCAGCGCAGUGCGCAGCUCAGUAG